AUGGCACGUUUUCUAGCGACGUUCUUUUUCACGAGCUUUGUCGGCGCAAAUUUGGCUUACAAGUCAAGGCCAGACCUCGCGGUUCCAAUCCUGAAUAUUACAAUCCCUGCGACAAACGAAGCCUGGGACGGCCUCAUCUUCUAUACGCCAGAGAGUAUCUACCCUGAUGAUACCAACCAUGGCCCAGCUCAGAGUGGCCCCUAUAUUUACACUGAUAAGGGUGAAUUGGUGUGGACGGGAUUUGGAUUCGUUGGCCCAAGAAGCGAAAACUUUCAGGUCCAUACCUACCGAGGGCAGCAAGUGCUGAGUAUCUUCGAGGGUUCUCACAAUUCGCCAAUGGGCCACGGGCACGGUCAUACCGCCAUCUUUGACAACAGAUACCGACUGCUGAAGGAAAUUAAGGGAGGAGGGCACAAAUUGGCCGAUCAGCAUGAAUUCCUAUUUUUCGAUGAUAACUCCGCCAUUUUCACCGUAUUCGACCCCGAAAUUCGCGACCUAACUCCAUACGGUGCUACCGAGAAUCAGUCAUGGAUCCUUGACAAUAAGAUACAGAAAGUGGACACUGAUACCAACCAGCUCUUAUGGGAGUGGAGCUCUCUUGACCACAUUGAUCCAGCUGGAACCAAUCUGACUUUGCAAAGCGGAAACGCUGGGCUAGGCGUGAACUCGAGUCAGGUUUGGCAUUAUUUCUACAUGAAUGCCUUCGAUGUCGACCCGAAGACGAAUACCUACCUACUGUCUGCUCGAAGCAUGUGUACGAUCUUCAAGAUGGAUGGGAACACCGGCGAUAUAAUCUGGCAGCUUGGAGGAAAACAUUCUGAUUUUUCCGAAGACUUCGAUUUCUGUUGGCAGCAUGACACUAGGAUGCAUCAGAAAUACCUCCACUACGAAACCAAAGGAUCUAAAGAAAUCAUAUCGUUCUUCGACAACUCCGCUCACGAGAAUCUCGCGGAAAGCGGAGGCCCUAUUCUCCAAACUCGUCCUUAUAGCGAAGGGAAGGUUGUUGAGCUAGAUACUGCAAAGCGUACCGCUAGACUUAUUGCUAGCUUCCGGGCGCCGGGCGAUCUUUCGGUUAAGUCCCAAGGCAAUCUCCAACUGCUGCCAAAUGGGAAUGCAUUUAUCAACUGGGGCUACGAUGGUGCCAUGUCUGAGCAUAAGCCCGACGGGACGACGAUAUUCUUCACGGAAUUGGAUUCUGGAAAAUUUGGCCCUGGAUCGGAGAACUAUCGCGCAUUCAAAUUCGACUGGCAUGCACUUCCCUUCGAAGAGCCGGCUUUGGUUGGCUUCGUAGACGAAAAGCCAGCCGGAACUUCUCUCUAUGUUAGUUGGAACGGAGACACAGAGACCAAAAUUUGGAGAUUUUACGAGAAAGCUGCCGAUGGCCGGAAAACGCUUUUGGGCCAGGCCAAGAGAACCGGAUUCGAAACCACUUUCCAGACUAAUAAACGGCCUAGUCAGGUGGUGGCUGAAGCAUAUGAUGCUCACGGCAAAAAGCUCGUAUCCUCGCCCGUUGUAAAGACCCGAGAAUACAGAGCGCGCCUCCAUUACCAGAAUUAA